GCCAUCUCAACUGAUAAGUGAAAUUUGUGAAGGUCUCAUGAAGAUAUGUCUUUGAAGAUGAUAGACUACAUUGUUGAUAAACAUUACAUUGACAUUGAUUCUGAGAAACAUAAAAAAGUGAAGAGCUUCAAAGGGGUUUCCUUCUUACUGCCAUGUACCUCUUCUUACCAAUGUAGGAAAUGAUAAUUGCUUCUGAGAGUAAUCAAACUAAUAGCUUGAAAGAAAAGCAGUUCUUGUAUGAUAUUGUUGCGAAUGGGAGAAAUGGCAUCGAUGUUGACAAAUUUGAUUAUAUUAUCCGUGACUCCCGGGCUUGUGGUCUUGGUUGUAAUUUCCAGUUUGAGAGAAUUUUGGACGCAAUGCACGUAAUUGAUAAUGAGAUAUGCUAUCGUGCCAAAGAAUAUCUUACCAUCCACAAGUUAUUCUAUACAAGGGCUGAUUUGCACCGGACAGUCUAUAUGCACUCAAAAGUGAAGGCUAUGGAACUGAUGGUUGUUGAUGCUUUGGUUAAGGCAAAUGAUUAUCUUCAAAUUGCAUCAUGCAUUGAUGAACCAGCUCAGUAUUGGCAGUUAGAUGACACAAUAGUAAAAACCAUUGAAACAAGUUCUUGCCCAGAGCUGAAGGAAUCCAGAGAUCUCAUCCUUCGGAUUCGUAGAAGGGAAUUGUACCAGUUCUGUAACGAAUUUGCCGUGCCAAAGGAGAAGAUGGACCAUUUCAAACCAGUCACCCCUCAAGAUGUGAUUUGUUCCCAGAGUUCCAACGGGAACGUGCCUAUGCUAAAGGAAGAAGAUAUUGUCGUAACUAAUGUCAAAAUUGACCUGACACGCGGUAGAAAAAAUCCACUCGAACGGUAUGUGUGGUAGGAAUACCAUAUGAUACAAUUACUUUGAACCCUCAUCUGUUAACUGCUUUCUUUUCUGCUGUUUCGUGACCCUUCGGCUUCUCCAGCAUCAACUUUUAUAAGGAUUUCGAAAGUCAUGAAAAGUUUCCCAUCAAAGAUGACCGUGUCAGUCACUUGUUGCCUGCGUGUUAUCAGGACAUGAUCGUUCGAGUUUACUCCAAAAAACUUGAUCUGGUGGGAGCGGUUUCAGAGGCCUUUGAGAACUUUCAGCUCAAGACAUACGGACAGAAAACGCAGGUGCAUGCUACUCCCGAGAAGAAGAAACGCCCAAGGUAUAUAUAGGUCAUUGCUUAGGCUUUCAGAAACAUGACGGUAUUCUGCUAUUCUCCAAAACGAAGACUACACGUACAUUUGUUCUUAUUAGUUCUUACUGUUAGACGCUUAAAAAAACAUUAGGUUUAUAUAUAUAGAUUGAAGUGUAAAUGCAUAUGUCAUCCAUCUCCUCUAAUGGUUUGAACUCAACUCUUCAAUCUGUGGGAAGUUAUUGAUAUCCUUA